CUGACAAUUUUGACGUUUCUUUGCUUCGAGUGUAAAAUACAACAGUGAUCAUUAUUUCAUCGAAUACAGUGAUGGAGUUCAAUGAAUGUCAUCUAAAAGAGGUAUCAGACCCUGUAGGCAUUGUGAUAUACUCUGAUCGAUCACAGACCCCAAGCCCGACUCCCAUUUUAAGUACAAAUGUAUCCGGCGAUUUAGAAGACGUUUUAAGCGACGCUAUAUCUGAAUCUCUUCAAAGUUCCCUCAGAGUUAGCCGCAGUCAACUGAUAAAUCAAGAGUUAACUAUUCGUCCUGAAGCUAAUAUCGAAUCAAAUAUUCCAGAAGGUCUUGACCUCUACAAAGUUAUAUUUGAGGUGGAAAGCGAUUCAGACAUUACAAUGAACGAAUUAGAUGGUACAAAUCAAACUAACACAUCUACGAAGCAGGAUUCGUGUCGUCAUGUCGGCGGCUCGAGGUUCUACGAAGCGGUGGAGGGGUCGUCUGCAGUGGUCACGUCCACACCGUCUCCGACAGAGAAACAGGAUCAUAUGAAGCCUAUCGAGAGCGACGAAGAUGUAUCAGAUGUGGAUCAAGAAUGCACAGUUUUCAGCGGAGUCAGCUACCUCGGCGCUCAGAACAUUGCCGAUCCCAAAUCGGAAACCGACAUACAGCGGAUUAUGAAGGAACUGAGUUCGAUGCCUGAGAACAGAGAUGGUAUAGCUGUGUCUAUAUCCAUACCUAUUUGCUCACAAGGACUUGUGGUAUUAUACCAAGCGGACACGAAAAUCGUGAUGAUGCGGUAUGCAGUGAACAGGAUAUCGUUCUACGCUCGAGGCGCGGCGGGCUCGCCGGUGGCCUCGUGCUUCGCCUUCACCUGGUCGCACGGCGAGACGAAGGAGUCAGCGGUCUACCGUUGCCAUGUCUUCCGCUGCCACAUCUCCGAAGCUGUCAACCAAGUAUCAAGUUGCUUUGCAAAAGCGUUCGAGCGUAUACCGCGCUCGAUGGCGUCGUCCCUCGUGGGCGAUUUGAGUGCAGCGCCAUCUAUGACGGGGUCGCUGACAGAGGGCCUCGGCCCUGCAGCUCCUCCUAUGCAAUUGAUGCACGUAUUAGAAUGCACGGUAGACAUUAAGGAGACAGAUGCUAAGGGUACCUUUAGCCACGUCCCUAAAGAGCGUCUCGGGUACAAGCUGCGCGGUGGUAUCGACAAACAGGUCACCAUCAAUGUAAAGCAGGUCACUAAUAACGUGCAGUCGGAGUCUGACGACACGCAGAGCUACACCGGUGGUUUAUACAUAGAAAGAUGUUUCGGCAUUCUUCUUGCUCCUGGUCGGAGUGUGAAACAUUCAGACAUGCAAUUGCUCGAAAUGGUGAGCGGCUCGUCGGGCGGGUCGGGCUGCUCGGUGUGCGCGCUGUGGAACGCGGGCGAGUCCGCGCUCGCCGCCUUCAACGUAGCCAGCGGCGACGGCGCGCCGCAGUACAUGUCGCUCGCGCUCGACCUCGUCAUCCGCGGCAUCCGCGACCCGCUGCGAUUAGUUAUUGAAACACCAGUAAAAGUUUUUCCACCUUCGGAACGCUUCUGGUACUACUCUAAGCGACCACUCGUACAGCAAUUCUACAUUAAUUUGAAAGAGUCAGUAGAUUCAUUAGGACAGUUGCAAUAUGAAGUGGCAAGUGUAGAGACCUCGGGAGAGUUGGAUAGAUCUCGCUUGAACUUGCCAUUAUCGCUGUCUAGUCUACUGCCUUCGCCGCUGUCGUCUGCGCCCGCGCCGCCUUCACCUUCCGAGCCGGAUUCAGACGGCGACGAGCCACUUCUUAGCGGAACCGGAGAAGUGUCAAAAGAUUGUGGCGUAGACGUUCUUGAGAAUUGGGCGCAAGUUCUAAGAAGUUGGGUCGGCGCCCGUCCCCGUGCUCUGAGUCAGCUCGUACGUGUGGGGGUGCCGGAAGCUCUUCGAGGCGAGGUGUGGCUGAGACUAGCCAAUGUCGACCAAAACGAUAAGCUCAUGGAGACCUACCGCACGCUCAUCAGCAAGGAGUGCCCGUUCGAGGCGGUGAUCCAGCGCGACAUAGCGCGCACGUUCCCCGCGCACGACUUCUUCCGCGAGGCGGGCGGGCUCGGCCAGGACUCGCUGCUGCGCCUGGCGCGCGCCUACGCCGUGUACGACGUGGAGGUCGGCUACUGCCAGGGGCUCAGCUUCCUCGCCGCCACGCUGCUCUUGCACAUGCCAGAAGAGCAAGCAUUUUGUUUGUUAGUACGUCUGAUGUAUGGAUAUGGAUUACGAGAGCUGUACAAAGAUGGUUUCGAAGCACUAUAUAUGAGGUUACACCAAUUGGACAGAUUAAUGGAGGAGCAAUUGACCGACCUACGCACACAUUUCCAAGAAUUAGGUGUAGAACCGCACAUGUUUGCCUCACAGUGGUUCCUUACAGUGUUUACAGCACGCUUCCCUCUUCCGCUGGUUUAUCACAUCCUAGAUGUAUUUCUCCUACAAGGAAUGGACACUCUCUUCCAAGUGUCUCUGGCUCUCCUCACUCGUGCUCGAAAAGAUCUGUUGCAACACGAUUUUGAAGGUGUUCUCAAAUAUUUCCGAGUUACAUUGCCGAAGAAAUGUCGCGCCGAGGAAGCUUCGCGUCAGAUAGUGAAACUUGCUUGCAGUAUUAAAGUCAAAAGGCUGCAUAAGUAUCAACUGGAAUACGAGAAGUUUAUCAAAGAAUCGGCGGAGAAAGAAAAGAUUAACGUGGAGUUAGAAAGACUAAAAGUUAUCAACACACAACUACAGCAAGAGAGGGACACGUUCGAAAGUCAGCUUAAACAGACUCGCAGCAGUUUGGAGGAAGCUCAAAAGGACUCUGUACACUACGCGGCCGUAGCGCGAGAUUAUAGAGAGAUAUGUGCCCGUCUCGACAAACAGUUACAUCAAAUGCUGGACUGUGUGAAUAGUUGCGUCAGUUGCAGCGUUAAAAUAGCACAAACGGAAAACAAUAAAGAUCAGAAAGGCGAGGAGAAGGAGAGCUCGAGUGAUACGGAGGCCAGACUAAAGCAACGCGUUCGCGACCUGGAGCUCGAGCUGGCGCAGGUGAAGCUGGCGCACGUGCAGGCGCAGUGCAGCAACCAGGAACUAAGUCAUCAGCUGAACGCGGCGCUGAACGAAAUGCAGGCGGCGAUGACGCAGAAGCAGACGGUAGCGCCGUGGCUCGUUCGCACGCUCGGUUCGAUAAUGGAAGCGGCGCAAAACCGGCCAUCAUUCCAAACGUACCUACCAAAUUUAAAUCAAGAACAGCAUUCGCCAGCACUCCAUAGGCAAAGCUCUUUAUUGAAUACACAGGGACAGAGUCACGCGACUCUCGACCGACGCGUGUCCGAACCUUUUAGUCCGGACGUCGUAAGAAGGAAGAAGGAUUUGAACGCAAAAAGGCACUCAAUGCUCGUCGAGUCGAACAUCAGUAAAGAGGAAAAGGACCUUAAUCGACGGAGCCACGACGCGAUGAGCGUAAAGAACCUAUCGAUGGGUUGACAGAAGUGUUCCAUUUUUAAAUAUUCGUUGGUUUGAUUUCGAGCGCGCGUUCGCUUCUAUGUAUAAUAUUCCCAUUAAUAUUAUCUGUGGUCUAAGUGCGUGUGUGGGUUGUAGAAACGUAUGAUUAGUAUUAAAGUGCACAUAACUUACUAGUCAAUAUGAUAUAUAAUCAGAGUUGUCGAUGAACGUUUUUUUCUGGAAUAGCUUGCCAUUUUUACCAUUCGAAUUAAUGUAGGCACGCUAUAAUGUUUCCAUGCAUAAAUACGUGAUUAUUGUCAAUGAAAGGUUGCUUUUUGUUUCUUUAUUAAAUAACAUUUAUAUAAAAAUGUACGUAAUAAAAAACAAAAUAUUUAAA